GAUUCAAGAGUUACUAAUUUAUAAAUUACUUUAGCGUGAUCACUAAAUAAUAAUUUCCAGUUCAGUUGCAAUAUUUUACAUAAGAAAAAUUAUAAUGUACUUCAAAAACCUUUUUAUUAUUUUUAUUUUUUUAUGGAGUCAUUUUGAAUCCCAAUUUGUUGUAAAUGCAGGGAAUAAUAAGUCUGGAGAGAAGUAUAAAAAUUAUAAAAGACGGUUGCAAACGGCAUCGUGUCAAGAAAUUAUUGAUGUCCAUAAUUCGAAUUAUUCGGAUUAUGAAGAUCAGAGAAUUAUGCAAGAAGUUGAGAGGAGGACAAAUCAGAAGUCCGAUAAAGAAAACUCAGAACAGUAUCGAAGGAUGAUGGCGAAUCAAUCUUCAGAAACACCAUUGGAUAAGUCUCCGAAAACAUCAUUGGAUAAGCCUUGGAAGAAGACUACCACACAGAUUAGUGAUCAUAACACAGAACAGGAAUUUUUAGAAAAGGCUCUUUUAGAUAUGGCUAUUGAAGAUUCUAAAAAAGAAGUUACUGAGAGUAGCCUUAAGGAAUUCGAUGAAUUUGCUGAAGAACUGACUACUGACGAUAUUGAAAAAGAAUCCUCAAAAUUGGAUGAAGAGGAGAGAAGAUUACAUGAAGCUAUGGAAAGGUCUCUAAUAGAAACUACUGACGAUAUUGAAAAAGAAUCCUCAAAAUUGGAUGAAGAGGAGAGAAGAUUACAUGAAGCUAUGGAAAGGUCUCUAAUAGAAAACUAUAAAUUACCAACAGAUGAUUUCGAAGAAUUUACUGAUGCACAGGUAGCUAUUGACGAUGUUGAAACUCAAGAAAAUCUUAAAAAGGCUAUUGAAAUGUCGCUAAAAGAAAAUGAAAAUAUGACAACAAAAAAGACUAUGGACUACAUUGAAGAUGAAAAAAAAUUAAACGAGGCUAUUGAAAAAUCUCUACAAGAAAACCAUAAAAUACCAACAGAUACGUUACGUGAUCUGACAAAUAUUGAAAAGGAACUUUUAGAUCUGUGUCUCACAGAGUUGAGUCAGGAUGGUAAAAAUAAAUUAAAUGAGGCUAUUGAAAUAUCUCUAAAAGAAAAUCAUAAAAUAUCAACAGAUGGGCCAAGUGAAAUGACGCACUUAGAAAAGACUCUAUUAGAUCUUUGUCUCAAAGAUUCGAGCUUAAUUGGUAAAAAACGAGUUCUGGAAUUAUUGAAAAAGAUUUCUAAAUCUUCUAAAAAGAAUGUUCACGACACGUCUUCAGAUGAGUCUGAUGCUGGUGAAAAAUAAGAGAUACGAUUUUUCAAGGAAGAAAAAUAAUUAUGAUUGAAAAAUUUUUUUUACAUUUUGGUUUCAAGAAGAUAAUUUAAAAUUUUAAUAUUUUAUUAUUUUGUGUUAUGUAAAACUUUCUAAAUUAAUUAAUAAUUGUGAUUAUUGUUCAAUAAAAUGGGUUAAUAAAAAUUGCAAAAUGAUUUAUAAAU